AUGAGCUCGAAAGUAUUGAGCAAGAGCAGCUCAACGUCAGAGAUAUUUGCAACCACGAAGAAGGACUUUGAGGAGGAAGUCCGUCGCCUCACCAAAUUGGGGAGGGAGAUACCUCCGACAAACGGCUACGACAGUGACAGUGGCCAAGACACAACGGUGGCCAACGACGACGACGACGCUGCAGAGUCUGCAGCCGAAGUCCAACAAAUGAUAGAUCACCAGGAUGAGAGGCUUCCGUACGGCAACGACACAGAUGACUCGGACGUGGACGACUCAGGUACAGACUCACGGGGUGAUGACCAGCAUUUGUUGCGAAGAGGGCGUGAGGCUCUGGAUCGCCUGGCCCGCCUUGACCGAGCAGGCCAUCCGGUCUUGGGCACAGACUGA